AUGGAGUCCUCCAGGUUCGAGCCAGAGGGCUUCUUUGACCACAACGAACUCACUUGCUUCGCCGGCUAUGUGCAACCUGACUAUGCUUUGGCCCUCCCGAGCCUCGCUGAGAUCAUGGAGCAGAACAAGGACUCUCUCCAGGAGUUGGGCGACGACGAGGAUCCCACCUUUGCGAAGGAUUUGUCCCUCUUCAACGAGGACUUUCGGAGGCACCUGGGAGGAGUUUUAGACCUUGCAGGCCUCACGCAGCUGGAGCGCUAUGAGGUUCUCCUGGAUCAUUUGCAUGAAGACCGGGCAGAUGAUUGGAAAAGCUGGUGGUACAUCUCUGGGAUCACAUGCCAUAUGAUCCAAAGCUAUGUGCACUGUGAAGAGGCACAGGACCGUGCUUGGCGUGCGCACUGCAGAUGGUCGAGCCAAUCCUGGAAGUUCGAUGAGUUGGAGAACUGGGACCGUGUCGAGAAGGCGAUGAAUGCACCACGCCUACCGACCUUGCGUUCACUCAUCAGGUUGGUGCAGAAUGAUAAUCCAGAGAUGCAGGUUCGCGAAAAUCUUUGGACCUUCCGGCUCCCACGACCUGCGACGAGUGCGACGAGGGCUACGCUGUGA